AUGUAUUUUCUGAUCCCAGCAUCAGCUGCGGUAAUUGUACUGGUGUUGACUACCAUUGUGCGCACUCGUCGCAAGCUGAAAGACAAGGGUCUGCCUCCAGGUCCCAAGCCACUCCCUCUGAUGGGAAAUCUUUAUCAAGUCGACCCAGCACAUCCGUGGAUUACGUUUGCUGAGUGGAAGAGAUAUGGCGACCCCGUCUACUGUCAAAUGUUCGGGCGAGAUGUCGUUGUUGUUAACUCCGAAAGGGUAGCGCAAGAUCUAUUUGAGAAACGAUCGCGAAACUAUUCGGAUAGGAUGAGUAUGCCGAACAUGUUAGAGCCGUAUGGCCUUGCAUUUGACACUGCUGCCUUGAACCAUGACACCGUGUGGCGUGGACAUCGGCGUGUCUUCCAGCAAACGUUACGCCCAGAAACAAUCGUUGCUUACGAGGCAACGCAGUUCCGUUGUGCGGCCAAUCUGUUAAAAGACAUGAGAAUUACUCCUGAAUCAUGGUGGAAACAUAUUCGAAAAUACUCAGCUGCCGUUAUCAUGGGGGCUAUGUACGACCACGAGCUCCCCAUGAAGCCGGAAGAAGACAUCACGUUCCGUACUAUGGUCGAAGGGGCUGACCUCAUUUUCAUAAUUGCUUCGGCAGGGAUGAUCGCGCUGCUUACUGCGCUCCCUUUCUUGCGAUAUGUUCCAGCAUGGUGCCCAGGCGGACGCUGGCUUAACGCCGAAAACUCCCUUCGACGAAUGAACGCUUUGAUCAACACACCGUUCAAUACCCUGAAGAAGCGGAUUGCCAGCGGAGAAGCAGGACCUUGUAUGAUGUCCGAAGCAUUUGCUAAAUUCGAAGAUAUGAGUAAGUUGGAAGAUGCCGAGCGCAUCAUCAAAGAUGCCUGUGGUACGGCAUAUAUUGGUGAGUAUAUUCCAACCGGAUCUACAUUGAUUGUUUUUACUCUUGCCAUGAUCCUUUACCCAGUUGUUCAAAAGCGAGCCCAAGAAGAGAUCGAGAGUGUAGUUGGGGUAGAUCGCCUUCACGAGUUCAGUGAUAAACCUUUGUUACCCUAUACCGAGGCUUUAGUACGGGAGACACUAAGAUGGAGGCCCGUUGUUCCACUUGCAAUAUCUCAUGCUGCAACUAGCGACGACAUCUAUGAAGGUUACUCCAUUCCCGAGGUAGGUGCUGCUGUUAUACCGAACAUAUGGGCUAUGACACGGGAUCCGGAAAAAUAUCCGCGCCCCGAUACUUUCGAUCCAGGAAGGUUCCUCGAUGCAAACGGACAUCUAACCAAGGAUACGUGCGAAAUUUCAUUUGGCUUUGGACGACGCAUCUGCCCUGGCAGACACUUCGCGCGUGCAUCCGUAUGGAUUGCAAUAGCACAGAUUCUUGCCUCUUUUACUAUCGAAAAAGCGAAAGACGCAUCGGGAAAUCCAAUCACGCCGGCUCCCGAGUGGGCAACUGGGAUCACUUCGCAAGUCUUUUAA